AUGAAGAUCACACAGGUUCUCACUGCGGCAUCGCUUCUUGCCCCGGCCUCCGCCUUUUGGCGCAUGGAGUGCAGAGGCCGCCUUGGUCUGGCGCGCAUCGACCCCAUGGUUUCCCCCGGAGAAGUUGCCCAGCAUGUUCACGCUAUUCACGGAUCAUCUGGAUUCUCCGAAUCAGCUACCUAUGAGGAUGUUACGUCUGCGGAUUGCACUUCCUGCGCAGUUACCCAGGACAAGUCUGUUUACUGGACUCCGGCAAUGUACUUCAAGCAUGCCAAUGGCUCCUACGAGCUGGUUCCCCAGACUGGGGGGAUGCUUGCGUACUACUUCCUAAAUUCCCCUCCUGGUCAAGCUGGAAAUAUCACCUCCUUCCCGAAUGGAUUCCGCAUGAUUGCUGGCGACAGCCUCCGCCGAAACUACUCAAUCGGCGGCCUCGACUUCAAACUUCCCGACCCAGAGAAGUCCCUGUGGGCCUUGCUGGGACAGACUUCCCAGGUCGACCUUACACAGCGAGCAAUUGGGUUCAACUGCCUCAACUAUGACAAGGCCCCUGAGGGAUCUCUGUAUCGGCAUUACCUCCCCAGCAAGGACUACCUGGAUCAAUUCUGCAGCAAUGGCGUCCGCAUCGAGUUGAUGUUCCCUUCCUGCUGGAAUGGCAAGGACCUUGACUCGGCCAACCAUAGAGACCAUGUCGCGUAUCCAGACCUCGUCAUGGAGGGCAACUGCCCUCCUGGCUUCCCCAUCAGACUGCCUGGUCUCUUCUAUGAGACCAUCUGGGAAACCGAUGUUUUCCGCCAAGUCCCCGGAGAGUUCGUCCUGUCCAAUGGCGAUACCAACGGCUUUGGAUACCACGGAGAUUUCCUCAUGGGCUGGGACGAGGCUUUCCUGCAGCAGGCUGUUGACACGUGCACAAAUCCCUCUGGAUCGAUGUACGACUGCCCCAUUUUCAACAUCCAAAACGAGGCCGUCCAGAACCAGUGCAGCAUGAAGAUUCCAAGUGUGCUGGCCAGCGAGAAAGUCGCUGGCGUUGUCGGCACGGUUAUCCCUGGAAACGUCGCCAUCCAGUACGGUCCGCAGCCAGCGACCAUGACAAACCCACCAUCUCAAACGGCCCCGGUGCCCGUUCCGACUGUCAGCUACUCUCCUGGUAGCGAGAAUGGCGAAAAGCCGUCGAAUCUCCCGGGCCAGGUCUUCAUCACCCAAGCCAGCCCGACACCGCCUCCGGCAGCCACUUCCAGUGCACCAGAGAUCUCGGCUCACCCAGCCAUCAAUCAGGUCAAUCAGGUCGCUCCUAAGCCCACGGAGGCUCCUUCCUCCACGGUUGACGACGGCUUGCCGAUUGUCAGCACGCAGUACAUCACUGAUGGCGACGUGGUCUCAGAGAUCAUCUGGAAGGAGUCGGUCCUGUAUGUGACUGAGUACGAAGAUACGACGACAACCGUGACGGUGACGCGUUCAGCCGUUGUGAAUAAGGUCCGAAACGUGGGACACGUGCAUCGUCGGGCCGGCCACAAUGGCCGACGGGCCCACCACCAUUAG